AGCUGCCUUGGCGCUCGGGCUAGUCGGUGGAAAAUGUUGCUGACAUUAAGUACAAAUUGUUUAGUGUUUUUUUCGUGAUCUUGUAAUACGAAUUACUGCAUCCGUCUACGUAUGUAUGUACAUAAGCCCAAAAGUUUCAAACUACAUACAAAACUUGUCAUAGAAUUGCACGACUCUGAGGAGAAAGCACUCAUGGAGGCGCUCUAGGAAGGAGACAGAGGAAAACGGGCCAACGUUUGCCAAAACUCAAAGACAGCAAAAGACAGGAAGUAACUAACUAGCAACCGACUCAGACAAAGCCAUUAGCAAUUACUUUACACGCCCAAACACACACACACACACACACACAUACAAGAACACAAAACACACAAAAACACACGAUCUACCCUUUUAAUGGGAGAUGCUCUGUAAAUACAUAAGACAUAUUUAGGAUCUAGGACUCCACAAUACACUCAACUCUCUGAGAUAAAUACACAAACGGAGACAAAGUAAAAACAAGAGACUCCCCAGAAAAAUACUACUUGUAUCGCCCGAAAGCUUGGCAGUCAAAAUUGAAUUGGGACUUUUCAUAAAUGUGCGUUUGAUCAAUCAAAAAAAUAUUAUAACUACUCGUCCACGACUCCAGAGAAGCGAGCGAAAAAAGACAAACAGCGAGGAGUUGCGAAAGAAUCGGAGUACGGAGUACGGAGAACCAGGGUACAGGUUGCGACUGCCAAGAUGCAUAUUGAAAUCCAGGUGGCCCUAAAUUUUGUCAUCUCCUAUCUCUACAACAAACUGCCCCGCCGACGCGUAAACAUAUUCGGCGAGGAGCUGGAGAAGGCAUUGCGCGACAAGUUCCAGGGACACUGGUACCCGGAGAAGCCGUUCAAGGGUUCCGCUUAUCGUUGCCUGAAGACCGGCGAUGCCAUCGAUUCGGUGCUGGAGCGUGCGGCUCGGGAGAGCGGUGUGCCCAUCAGUGAUGUAUUAGAGAAUUUGCCACACGAGCUGUCCGUGUGGAUGGAUCCCGGCGAGGUGUCCUUCCGCGUUGGCGAGAAGGGAGCCGUGAAGAUUCUUUAUACAGAGAACAAUGAGAAUCACGAGGAUAGCCGCUCGGCAGAUCGUGAGGUCACCAAGACGUUCAAUCCGGAGGCCCAAUGCUUUCGACCCAUCGAUGUCGUCAACACGACCCUGACCAAUCUGAGUUUAAGCCCCAAGUCAUUGCCGGUGCCCAUGCCCCAGGCAGGCUCCUCGCCGCACUCGGCCGCCUCUGGGUCGCCCACCUAUAAGGGCAGCCCCAAUCCCAAUGCCAGCAAUGGCAGCUGUGGCUCCGCCUCCGGCUCGUCCACUGGCUCGGCUACGGCUCAGGGUCAGGCACAGGGUCAGACAACUCAGGCUCCGCCGCACGGCAAUUCUUCAGCUGGGGGCACAGCCUCGGCGUACUUGCAACGGGCACCACAGGCGCCAUUAACCUUCACGACAGCCACCUUUGCCCAGACUAAAUUCGGCAGCACCAAGCUAAAGACCAGCUCGAAGCGCGCCAGCAGCGCUUACCGCAUGUCGCCCACAGAGUUCUCGAACUACAUCAAGCAGCGAGCCAUACAGCAGCAAAUGCAUCACGGCCAUGGGGUCGUCUCGUCCCAGGGCUAUGCCGCCUUGGACCCUGUGUCGCCGGCACGCUCGAUCUCGCCCAAUCCACUGGCUCUGGGCGGCCAAAUGGCCACCGGAGCUGUAGCCGGUGAUCACUUCUUUUAUCCCGGCGUGGUGAUGGGCCUAUAUCCGCCGUUCAAUGGCCAGCGGAAUCUCUACGAGUCACACUUCAACGGCGAUGCCAACAUGGCCAUGUUUGCCGGGCAUCCACAUGUCAAUCCCGUGGGUGGUGGCGCCAAGUACAGUACUUACAUGGAGGCUUGCUACUAUCCCAACGGCCAGCAUGUGUCCCAGCAGCAGCAGCUAGGCGGACAAAUGGACAACGAGAGCUGCACAUAUGGCCUCGAGGCAGAUCAGUGUAACAUCGAUGAGGUGGGAGCAGCAUCAGUCGGAGUUGGCGUCGCAGCUGGGGCUGGGGCUGGGGCUGGGGACUCUUCCCCAGACAACAGUCCCAUUGCCACACCACCAGUGGCUGCGAUGCCUAACCAAAAUUCUGCUGCUGUUGCAGCCACCACUGUAGACACAGCAGCCACAGCCGGACCGGCCAGCCCGGGUGUCAAUCAGCAGCAGCAGCAGCAGACAGAGUCCUCAUCGUCCACCAAUCUGAUUGAUGGGAUCAACUCGUUUUACGGCACUGGAUCGUCUUAUCAGCAGCUGCUGGUGGCCAACUAGGCCUCCCUUCAGCCUCUAGCCACAAUAACCGCUAGAUCAGUGAUCAGCAACAAACACCGAAAUAGACAGAGACAUACCAACCCCGGGCCUAGCGGCAACACCGAGAGCGUAGAACCGACCGACCGACCGAUAACUAAAGAGCCAGAACAAUAGAAUCUAGUUUUAAACGAAAGCUCCGCCACAUAGUUAUAUAUAUAGAGUUAAUUAUUGGGUCUGACUGGCCCCAGGGAGCCAGGCACCAUACCGAUCCAAUUGUUACAACAUUUUGAGCCACAAA